AUGGCAAGAGAGCUCUCCUAUAUCUCUGUCAGCUUAGUUUUUUCUCCCUAUGGUGAGCACUGGAGGGAGAUUCGUAAGAUUGUGAUGUUAGAACUACUUGGUCCCAAGAGAAUUCAAAUGUUUCGUUCUGUGAGGGAUGAAGAGGUUGGAGUUAUGAUCGACUCUAUAACUCGCAAUUCUAAGGGUAUCAUCAAUCUCAAUGAAGUGUCACUUCACUUAGCCAACAAUAUCGUGUGUCGUUGUGCUUUUGGUAGAAAGUUUGAUGGUGCGGCAGGUGACAAUAGCAAGAGCACAAUUAAUGAAUUGAUUGAAGAAACAAGGAUGUUAUUGGGAGGAUUCUUUCUGUCAGACUAUAUACCAUGGAUGGGUUGGCUAGACAAGUUCAGUGGUCUUGAGAAAAGGGCAGACAAGUGUUUUGAAGGGCUCGACAACAUCAGUGACACGGUGAUUGAGGAACACCGUGAUCCUAAAAUGCUCAAACCAGAGAAUGAAGAUCUUGUUGCUGUCCUGCUUCGACUUCAAAACGAUCCGAAUCAAGCGAUCACCCUCACUAAUGACCAAAUGAAGGCUGUUAUCAAUGAUAUGUUUAUUGGCGGGACUGAUACAACCACAUCGACACUGGUGUGGACAAUGGCUGAGCUGAUCAGGCACCCUGUGGCGUUGACGAAAGCACAAAACGAGGUAAGAGAGCUCAUCAAGAGCAAAGGGAAGGUUGAAGAAAGUGACCUUCAUCAACUCGUGUACCUGAAGUCAGUCAUCAAGGAAGGUCUACGAUUACAUCCACCAUUGCCAUUACAAAUUCCAAGACAAACCACAGAGAGUUGCACAAUUGGAGAUUACCACAUUCCUGCCAAAACAAUGGUGUUUGUUCAUGCAAAAAUGAUUGGAAGGGACCCGAAAGUUUGGGAGAAUCCAAAUGAAUUCUGCCCUGAAAGAUUCUUGGACAGCUCAGUUGUUGAGCUUACACUUGCUAAUCUUCUUUAUCGUUUUGACUGGGAACUGCCUGAUGGGAUGAAAACAGAAGACUUGGACAUGAAGGAAGCUGCUGGGCUUAUUGUGCACAAGAAAGUUCAGUUAUGUCUAGCUGCUACACCUGUUUAUCUUUAA